UCGUCGGUCAUACCAAGCUCCAUGGUCCACCGCAACGCACCUAUUCUCAGAGUUUACCGGCAAAGUUGACCACGCACGUAUGCGCACAUGGGAGUGGACUCUCCACGAUAGUUUUUACAAGAUGCGUUUAAAUUAAGAACGUUAGUUCCUCUCCCACACAUCACACAAUUUGGAUAUUGUGUUGUUUGAUGCAACAGAGAAUGUCAUCACCGAUAUCAAGGAGGAAUGGAAGUCGAAGUGGAAGUGUCUCGGGAACUUGUGUUAAUAGUGUCAAUGGGAAAUUUGAUUUUGGCGUCGCACCUCCUCGCAGAUCCCUCGAUUACUCGACGCGCCGUCGCGCCUCCAGCAUUCCCAGCGCACUUGCCAUCGGGGCGCCGACUCAGGACAAUGCAAAACGACUCAACUUGUCUUUCCUCACAAUUGCGUUUAGAUUCUUAUUGGCAAUUGACCUGUGGCUUUCGAAGCGACUCAGUGUUUGUUCUUGCGAGGAUGCCCUGUUGGGGAGCAUACGGCCCCUGGUAAAGCUGCUGGAGGUCAGUGGGCACGCUGCGCCUUGGCUGGUGAGCGCACUGUACGGUCUGGUCUACAGCGACUCCACGACUGAGCUGGAAACAAUGUUGAACCUUCUCAUGGCCUUGCUGCUGGACAUGGCACUGGUGAGAAUAGUGAAGGCCAUUGUGCGGCGGCGUCCUCCCACACUCCCUCCCCGCUCAGACGUCCCCUGCACGGUGGACCGCUACUCCUUCCCCUCGGCCCACGCCACCCGCGCCACCAUGUGCGCCUGCUUCACGCUGAAGCACCUGGUUUCGGGCGCCCCGCUGCGUGCCUUGGUGCUGGCCUGGGCCGGGCUGGUGGGCCUGUCCCGCGUCCUGCUGGGCCAGAGCAAUGUGACGGACGUGCUGUUUGGCCUGGGCAUGGGCUACUGCCACUACAGCCUGGUGGAGAGGCUCUGGCUGCGCCCCGACAGGCUGCAAGACACCCUGGUGACCUUCCUGCAGGAGGCUUUGGCCACCGUGUGACUUGAGCCCCCCGGAGUUUAUCCACGGCUCCCGGGAGACUUGUCGGGAAUUACGAGCAGAUUGCUCAGGAGGAGCGGUGGCAUGGCAUGUGUGCCAGAACCUUGUGGAGGUAUAGCAAGCACAUGGCACGCCAGGAGGAGGAAAAAGAGGAGUAGAGUCCAGUGGUAGUGCCAUCACCUGUUCGCACAGCUUUGCGGACUUGACACAGAUUUGCCAUUUUAUUGGUUGUGAAGGAGAUUGUGAGUGAGAGUGAAUGGAGUGUAAUGUUGCACAAAGACAAAAUAUUCUCUUAAUCUUGCACAAUCAAAUGUUAACCAGCAUACAGAAAAGGGAAUUCAUGUGAAUUUAGAUUUUUUUUUUCAAGCAUCCUUAUAACCAUGCUUGUUAUAUAAUAUUGUACAAUGAUUAAAAUAUUUAAUUGUAAAAUAUUCAAACUGGCUGCUGCAUUUACACUUAAGUAACAAACGUGAGGA